AUGGAGGUCAAAGACUUGGAUUUGGAUCAGGAUACACUACCUAUUGAACGAGCUCUCGGGGUACAGUGGUGUACAGAGUCGGACGUAAUUCGUUUCAAGAUAGUCAUUAAGGAUCAACCACUUACAAGACGUGGGAUUCUGUCCAUGGUCAGUAGUGUGUAUGAUCCCCUCGGAUUCCUAGCCCCAUUUGUACUCACAGCAAAGGUUAUAUUACAAGAACUCUGUAAACUACAAUUAGGGUGGGAUGACCAGGUCCCCAAUGGGUUUCAAGAUCAAUGGUGUGUGUGGAUUAAGGACCUUCAGAAAUUAUCUGAUUUCAAGGUAGACAGGUGCAUAAAGCCGCCAGGUUUCGAAGACAUACAAUCUGCUCAACUCCAUCACUUCGCUGACGCCAGCGAAACUGAGUAUGGGACAGUGAGUUACCUGCGUAUGAAGAACGCAGAAGGCAAAACCCAUUGCACGUUCGUCAUGGGUAAGUCGCGCGUGUCGCCAUUAAAGCAAACAACUAUACCACGUUUGGAGCUGACAGCAGCUACAGUCGCGAUUCGUACAGACAAAAUGUUGAAGGACGAGUUAGAUAUCUCUAUUAACCAAACCAUAUUCUGGACGGACAGCAUGGCCGUACUGCGAUCCAUACGGAACACUACGGUCAGAUUUCACACGUUUGUUGCGAACCGACUAGCUUUGAUCCAUGAAGGAUCUGAUCCUGAUGAUUGGCGCUACGUCAACACGAAACUCAAUCCUGCAGAUUUUGCAUCGAGAGGCCUCCCCGCCGAUAGCUUCUUACAGAGAAAUCAGUGGAUAGAGGCACCUGAAUUCCUGUGGGAGGAGGAGGACUCGUGGCCAGAAGCCCCCUCUGAAAUUUUCAAAGGAAGUCAUAGGUGA